CCCUUCUUCUUCUUCUUCGUUAUAUAUAUUGACACUCGACCCCCCUCUUCUCUCUUCUCAUCGCAUCCCUUAAAUAGAUUUUUAUUACAGAAACGUAAAAGCAGAGGAAAUAAAAUAUGGGAGGCUGCUGCUGCUUUCUUUUCUUCGUUGUUGUGCUCUUCGUCUCCUCUGUUGACGCCUGCGACCGAUGUCCUCACCGCUCUAAGGCUGCUUUUUUCUCCUCCGCAUCUGCCUUAUCAUCCGGAGCUUGUUCUUAUGGUUCAAUGGCUACCGCUUUCUUCGCCGGUCACAUUGCCGCCGCCGUACCUUCCAUCUACAAAGACGGCGCUGGCUGCGGUGCUUGCUUUCAGGUCAGAUGCAACAACCCCAGUCUUUGCAGCACCAAAGGAACCACGGUGAUGGUCACCGACCUCAACAUGAGCAACCAGACCGAUCUCGUUCUCAGCAGCAGAGCCUUCAGGGCCAUGGCCAAACCGGUUGUCGGCGCUGACAGAGAUCUUCUCAAACAAGGCAUCGUCGACAUUGAAUACCAUAGAGUUCCUUGCGAUUACGGAAACAAGAAGAUGUUGAAUGUGAGAGUUGAAGAAUCAAGCAAAAAGCCAUACUACUUGGCUAUAAAGCUCUUGUACCAAGGAGGCCAAACCGAAGUCGUAGGCAUCGACAUUGCUCAGGUUGGUUCCUCCAACUGGGGUUACAUGACCCGAAGCCACGGUGCCGUUUGGGUCACUGACAAAGUACCCAACGGACCUCUUCAGUUCAGGUUCCUGGUGACUGCUGGCUACGACGGCGAAAUGAUCUUGUCUCAGAAGGUUCUUCCUGCCAACUGGGAAGCCGGCAAGACCUACGACGCCGGCGUUCAGAUCACCGACAUCGCUCAGGAAGGUUGUGAUCCAUGCGACGAUCACAUCUGGAACUGACUUACUUCUUUUCUUAGAAGCAUUCCUAAUAUCAUACUGUAUGUAUAAAUAAUCUAAAGCAUAUUUCAUUAUUAACUGAGAUUCUUCUACCAGAACUAUUACUAAACAAGAGAACUAAGAAAAAAAAAAUAUCUUUAAAGAGGAUGAUGGAUAUAUGUACACAUGACCACCAUUAUUAACUUGUGAUUGCUCCAAAUCGCUUCUAGUGGCCAUGGGGACAUUUGCCAAUGUCCAAGUACUCCCAUGGCCAUGAGUCAUGAAUGCUCGUCCCCUUUUUUGGAGAUUUGGAAACAUAGCUCCCUUGACCACAAGUUUGCUUUUCCCGUCUGAUUGGCAAGCUGCA